AUGCGCUUAAUAGUACUUAUAUAUUUGACCACUGGGGGUACGUCAAUGAUCGUACCUUGGUUCAAUGAGAAUACUGAAUUUUUCAAAAUGAAAAUUAGAAGUAUUGAAGAUCCUAAUAACGAGGAUUCUUUACCAUUCAUAUUAAAUGCAAAGCAAGUUAAUGAUUCCAACAAGAGUUUGGUUAAUGACUCUUACAUACCCCAAUACGUCUUAGAAAAUGCACCAAUUGUUCAUUUGUCUGAUGAUGAACUUUAUUUCCCCCAAGAUAUCGAAACUUAUAUCGAAAAUUUCAAAGUGACAGACGAAUCGAAUAAUACUAUAUUGGAAGAUCUAACUUUACAGCAGUUAGAAAACACAUUCACAUUUAGGAAUGAUGAUUUGUCUCUCUCUAACGUUCACAGUUCGAAGACAUUCUUAACUAGUAAGACAGAUUUCACACAAAAUCCAGACUAUAUGUUUGGUUCAUUGUAUGAGUACAAAAAUACUGGUGAAAUAAGAAAAUCGGCGCCUUCUGUGUUAAUUGUUGUAGACAAAGGUAAUGGUUGGGUAGACGCAUUUUGGUUCUUCUUUUACGCCUUUAACAAUGGGCCCACCGUCCUAGGUAAUGGUCCAUGGGGUUCACAUCUGGGUGAUUGGGAACAUUGUGUAGUCAGAUUUUUUAAUGGACAACCGAAAGCUAUUUACAUGAGCCAACAUAGCACUGGGAGCGCUUACGAUUUUAAUGCAUUGGAAAAAUUCAAUGGAAGACCAUUAGUUUUCAGUGCGAAAGGUACACAUGGGAACUAUGCAUCACCAGGACGAUUUUCGCAUGAUAUCCCGUACAUUGCGUUUAAACCAUUAAAUGACGUUACAGACAGAGGCCCAUUAUGGGAUCCAACUUCAAAAGUUUAUUCAUACAAGUUCAAUCCAUAUAAGGAUAAUGAAGUCAUUCCUAUAAAUGCUGAUGCUAAAAAAAUUGGUAGAAGUUGGUUAUAUUACCAAGGACAUUGGGGUAAUAGACAGUUAGAUAAAAAGGAUUCCAGACAAAAAACCUCGAUUUUCGAAUCCAAAUAUGUUACUGGUCCUAGGGGUCCUUUAUACAAGAAUCUGGACAGAGUUUCCAUUUGUGGUGACAAGAAUACUAAGAUAUGUCAUUUAAAAUCGCAUUUACGUAGAUCAGAAGGGUUUCACCUAGCUGAAAAUCAAAACGGGUUGGUCGGCAAUAAUUGCGGUGUCCUAUUGGAAAAGAUCAAGCCCAGAUGGUUACGUGAAAUAGCAUACUUCAUUACGUGGAGAGGUUCACUCUGUUACUUGAUGGACCUCUACACGGGUUAA